AGCAUUUCUCUGUGUGGAUUAUAGGACUGCAGACUGGGGGGGAACUGCGUAGAGACAUGGGCRCUACAGUGCCAUCGCUGCUGCCACAAGAGCUGUGGGUGAAGCGGGCUCUUCCUUCAUGGUGAGGAGCUGAACUUAACACAGAAGACCCCAACAGAGAGAGAAGAGUAAUUAGUAUCCACAAAGAUCAUCCAGAACAUGAUCAGAAGAUAGCAUCCUACACCAUGACCAUGGCUCCACGGAAGAGGAACCGUCAUGCGCUGGGGUUUCUUUGUUGUUUUGGGGGUAGUGACCUCCCCGAAAUCAAUCUCAAAGACAAUAACCCCCUCCAAUUCCUUGAGUUUUCGGUCCCAAUCCCACCAGCAGAGGAGCUCAAUGCCAGAUUCUCUGAACUUGUGGAUGAACUGGAUCUCACAGAUAAGAACAGAGAGGCUAUGUUUGCACUCCCUCCAGAGAAGAAAUGGCAGAUUUACUGCAGCAAAAAGAAGGAACAAGAGGAUCCUAAUAAGCUUGCUACCAGCUGGCCAGAUUACUACAUUGACCGCAUCAACUCCAUGGCAGCAAUGCAGACUCUGUAUGCUUUUGAUGAAGAAGAAACAGAAAUGAAAAAUAAAAUAGUUGAAGACUUGAAGACAGCUCUGCGGACUCAGCCCAUGAGGUUUGUGACCAGGUUUAUUGAGCUAGAUGGCCUGAGUUGUUUGCUGAAUUUCCUGAAGAGCAUGGACUAUGAGACCUCAGAGAGCCGUAUACACACAUCCGUUAUAGGGUGUAUCAAGGCACUGAUGAACAACUCCCAAGGACGGGCUCAUGUCCUAGCUCAUCCAGAGAGUAUCAACAUCAUCUCCCAGAGCUUACGAACUGAGAACAUCAAGACCAAGAUUGCUGUGCUGGAGAUCCUAGGGGCUGUCUGCUUGGUACCAGACGGCCACAAGAAGGUCUUGCAAGCAAUGCUUCACUACCAGGUCUAUGCUGCAGAAAGGACAAGAUUCCAGACUUUGUUGAAUGAGCUAGACCGAAGCAUGGGGCGUUAUCGAGAUGAAGUGAACCUCAAAACAGCCAUCAUGUCCUUUAUCAAUGCAGUUCUGAAUGCAGGUGCUGGUGAGGAUAAUUUGGAGUUCCGAUUACACCUACGAUAUGAGUUUCUAAUGCUGGGAAUUCAACCUGUCAUUGACAAGCUAAGAGGACACGAGAAUGCCACAUUGGACAGGCACUUAGAUUUCUUUGAGAUGGUCAGAAACGAAGAUGACCUGGAGCUUGCCAAGAGGUUUGAUCUGAUCCACAUUGAUACAAAAAGCGCCUCUCAGAUGUUUGAGCUGAUCAAGAAGAGAUUGAAGCAUACAGAUGCCUAUCCCUAUUUGUUAUCCAUCCUCCAGCACUGCUUGCAGAUGCCUUAUAAGAGGAAUGGAGGAAAUUUUCAGCAGUGGCAGCUGUUGGACCGAAUACUGCAACAAAUUGUUCUUCAGGAUGAGCGAGGAGAUGAUCCAGAUAUAGCCCCGCUGGAAAAUUUCAAUGUCAAAAAUAUAAUUAAAAUGCUGGUGAACGAAAAUGAAGUCAAGCAGUGGAGGGAUCAAGCAGAGAAAUUCCGGAAAGAUCAUGCCGAGCUAAUGAGCAGGCUAGAGAAGAAGGAACGGGAAUGUGAGACAAAGACCCAAGAGAAAGAUGAAAUGAUGAAGACGCUAAACAAAAUGAAGGACAAGCUACAGAAGGAAUCCUUGGAGCUGCGCCAGACGCGGGACCAGAUGAACGACUUGGUAGCCCAACUUAAUGAGUUCUCGCAAGGUGGCAGCAUUUCUUUCCCACCCCCACCGCCACCCCCUCCUGGUGGCCCAUUAGCUUUGUCCUCUUCUCUCAUGUCAGAGAAUUCGCCUCCACUGCCACCCCCUCUGCCUUUCUCCAGUUGUCCCCCUCCUCCUGCUCCACCACCUCCUCCAGGAGGACCUCCUCCCCCACCAGGAGCACCACCUUUCUUCAGCAUGGGGAUGGCUCCCCCUCCAACAAGCACCUUCAGCAGCAGUGGCACCAGCCUGAAGAAGAAGUCUAUCCCGCAGCCUUCACACCCCCUGAAAUCCUUCAACUGGGCUAAACUGAGUGAGGAGAGGAUCCAUGGCACAAUCUGGAAUGAGAUUGAUGAUUUAAAGGCAUUCAAAGUUCUGGAUCUAGAAGAUUUUGAAAAGAUGUUCUCAGCAUAUCAGAGACACCAGGACCUGCUAACUAACCCCUCCUCCUGCAARCAGAAAGAGAUGGGUUCAACAGAAGACCUUUACCUCUCCACACGAAAGGUGAAAGAGCUCUCUGUGAUUGAUGGCCGGAGGGCCCAGAAUUGUGUCAUUCUCCUUUCCAAGCUGAAGCUGUCUAAUGAAGAAAUCAGACAGGCCAUCUUGAAGAUGGAUGAACAAGAAGACCUGGCCAAAGACAUGCUUGAGCAGCUGCUGAAAUUUGUUCCUGAAAAGAGCGAUACUGACCUGUUGGAAGAGCAUAAGCACGAAAUUGAGCGCAUGGCCCGGGCGGAUCGUUUCCUCUUUGAAAUGAGCAGGAUCGACCACUAUCAGCAGCGGCUUCAAGCAUUAUUCUUUAAGAAGAAGUUUCCUGAGAGGCUGGCAGAAGCAAAGCCAAAAGUAGAAGCCAUCCUUCUGGCAUCCAAAGAACUUAUCCGCAGCAAGCGCCUGAAGCAACUCCUGGAGGUUGUUCUGGCCUUUGGCAAUUAUAUGAACAAGGGCCAAAGGGGAAGUGCGUAUGGCUUCAAAGUCUCGAGCCUGAACAAAAUUGCAGACACCAAAUCCAGCAUAGACAGGAACAUUACACUGCUACACUACUUAAUUAUGAUUUUUGAGAAGAAUUACCCAGAUAUCUUAGAUAUCCARUCUGAGUUGCAGCACCUUCCAGAAGCAGCAAAAGUCAACCUGGUAGAGCUGGAGAAGGAAGUUAACAAUAUAAAGACUGGAUUGAAAGCUGUUGAAGCUGAGCUGGAUUAUCAGAAGAGACGCAUGCGGGAAUCAGGAGACAGGUUUGUUCCUGUCAUGAGYGAUUUCAUCACUGUGGCAAGUUUCAGCUUCUCCGAAUUAGAAGACCUUCUGAACGAGGCUAGGGACAAGUAUUCCAAGGCAUUGAAGCAUUUUGGAGAGAGCGAGGGCAAGAUGCAGCCAGAUGAAUUUUUUGGUAUCUUCGACACUUUCUUACAGUCAUUUGCAGAGGCCAAGCAAGACCUGGAGAAUAUGAGGAAGAAGAAAGAAGAGGAGGAGCGCAGGGCACGCAUGGAGGCCAUGCUAAAAGAGCAGAGGGAAAAAGAGAGGCGGCAAAAGAAAGCACAAGCAGGAAGUAUCUCCGAGGAGAGUGGGGAGUUUGAUGACCUGGUAUCGGCAUUAAGGUCAGGUGAAGUCUUUGACAAAGACUUAUCCAAGCUCAAGCGCAACCGCAAACGUUCGGGCAACCAGGGCUUGGAGACAAGCCGGGAGCGGGUGGUGACAAAGCUAAAUUAUUAAUUAGAAGAGGAAGAAAAAUAAUCAACCAAAAGAAGAUGAUGAAAAAAAAAGUGCAAAACAAGGAAGAUGAAUGUGUGCAAUGGCGCCUGGCUGAUAGCUGCCUCAAAGGAGGAUUUCUUUGGCCUGCCUAUGAUCAGCUUUCUUCUCAUCCCUCCUCAGUGCUCCUAAUUUGAACCAUUAUAAAAGUGCCUCUAUGGAGCCAGCAGGGUUUGUGACUCGGCCAUUCAGAGCUAACAGACUUGCUUCUGGGAGUUUUCUGUGUCAUCAAAGGCCUUGUGGUGAUGACAGAAAGUACUUGGGCCUUGCAGACUGCCUUGCAGCUGGAGAAAGAUAAUUUUCUGUGUGCCAAAGUGAAAACUAACUAUGUUCUCCAUCUUGCUGAUAAAAAGGAAGAUAUUAAUUUCAGAGCAGCUCUGUAAAGACACCUGUUGCUUCUUCAAAAUCUACGCUGGCCUCAGGGGGAUUUGUCAAGAAGUGGUUCUUGGUGUUCCCAGUUCCCUUCCAGGACUGGAUUUUACAGCAACCCAUCAAUUAGAAUCUGAAAAAUGCUUUUGAUCUUCUGUGCUUUAUAAUAGUUUAAUGUGGCCUAUAUUGUCCACAGUGAUGGUCAGAAGGAAGAAAUCGGGAACAAAUUGGAAUUCAAGAAUCAUGAUCAACAUAACAUACUUUGCAAAAGUAUUUUGAAUUCUGCUUUUAUAGAAGCCAUUUUCUGGAAUUUAUUGAUGAUUGAGCCUCACAGCUAAGAAAUGAGUCUCCUAGGAAAGGAGCUCUGGCUUGUAGUUCAGAAAAGUGAGCCACAGCCUGUUUGGGGUUAGGAACAGAUGCCUGCGUAGCCUGUUGUCAUUGCUUGAGGGUGAGAGGGAAACAGCCAAACAUUUCUUACCUGUUUGGGCAACAUUUUUUACAUAGCCCAAUGGAAACUGAGAGUUCCCUGGCGUUAUUCACAGGUUACAAGCAGUGAAAAUCAAAUGGGAUCCUUGGAUACAAGAAAAGAUUUUUGUCCUUCUCCCAUUGCUCGCUGUGAUUGUUGUUGGGAUGGAGUUUCCAUCUAACUGGCUUUGCUGCACACACCCGGCUCCUACCCGGGAGAACCAUGUAACUCAGAAAGAUAUGAAUGGUGUCAAAGUAGAGCCUUGGAGCCCACACUCUUUUCC